AUGGAUAAUCGAGGUGGAGAUUUGUAUUUAGACUUUGCUUUUGAACGUGUUAAGGAUUAUCUAAAUAAUAAACGAGAUCAGUUUUCCUAUACAAAUCGUACUACACUGAACACUACUACUGCUAAUAAUAAUAAUAGCAAUAAUACUAUACUAAGUAGAAGUGAAAAUUAUAGAACAAUUAAUCACCAGCAGUCUCAUCGUCUUCACCAUCAAUCACAUCCUCUACUUUCACGUCCUCUUCAGUCUCAGUCUCACCAACACUAUCCCCACCACCAACACCUCCACCACCAACAACAACAUCAACAACAGAAUCAAAUUAAUCAUCAGACGAAUACACUUGGAAUAGAAUCAAAUUCUUAUCGUUAUUCUAUAAAAUCUGAAAAAUGUUGCUUCAAAUCAUCGUUAUCAGCGCUAAUGACAACAAACAAUCAUCAUAGUCAAGGAAUGAUAAAUUCAUUGGGUAGUAAUAAUAACAGUAAUAACACUAAUUAUAAUGAUAAUUAUAAAAUAAUGAAUGAACUUCAUAAUGGCAUAACAUCCAACAUGUCAUUAAUAUCAACAAAAGAAUAUAAUAAGAAUAAUUAUGAUAAUUCAUUAUUGAAUUUAUGGAAAACUAAUUCUAUGAAUUCUAUUCGGUGCAAACAGAAAUGCAUAACUCCUUCAAAUACUACUUACAAUAACGAUAGUAACAGUAGCUUAACAGAUUAUAAUAAAAAUAAACUAAUCACUUAUGAGUGUAUGCAACCAGUAAUUAUGAAGAAUUUAUUGAAUUCAAAUAUUCCAAAAGAUUUUGACGUCGAUUUAAAUUUAGGUCUUAAAUGGGAUUUUUUAGUUAAUAUGAAUAACGAUUAUAAUAGUAAUAAUAAAGUAGUAUGGCAUGAGAAAAUGAAUCAAAAUGAAACUGAGAAUACACCAAAACUACACUUUGGCGAUGAUCCAAAUCAUAAAUUUACCUUCUCAAACUUAAUGGAGUUAUGUUCACUAUCUGGACUUCAGAUUAGUGAAAAUGAUAUUUUCGGGUGUAAUAUAAGACCUGAAUUUAAUGAACAAUAUCAAGAAAAUAGUCCAGAGAAAUUAAAAAGUCAACAGAUAGCAUAUUUUGUUAAAUUAUAUGAAACACAUUGUGAGCAGGUUUGUACUGCCUUUAUUCAUAUCCAAAUAGAAAAUUUACGGACAAUAUGGCAUCAGUUUUGGUGUUCAUCAGAGUCUACAAUGUGUACAUCAGACUGUAAUUUACCAAAAAGUUACUUAAUCGACUUAUGCGAAGAUUCACAUAUUUGUCAAUUUAUUGAAUUUGCUGAUAGAACGUUAUAUCAGUUGUUACUUGAUAUUAUUAUAAGAGACAGUUUAAAGGCGUUAUCCAAUGAAUUAAUUCAAGGAUUGCAAACUAUGAUAAAAUUAAUGGAGCCUUAUCUACAAUCAGCUAUACGAUAUUUUAAUCCACAUUUAAUUAACAGAAAGCUGUCAGCUGUCAACUGUUUAACUAAAGGUUUACAUCGGGCAUUAGGAAUUAAUUGUUUUAGUCAAACAAUUGAAAAUGUUAUCAAUGAUAUCCAAAAAUGUGCACAAAUAUUAAAUGAUAUUAACAAAUUAGAUUUAAAAAGUAUUGAAGCUCAAGGAUCAUGGGCAAGUGAUUGUUCAUUGUAUGGAUUACUACAAAACUCAUUAGACUUAUAUUCAAAUGAUUUUAAUCCUAGUAGAUGUUCACUUCACAAGGGCAUGAAACAGGAAACAAUAGACCAAUGUAUACCACAGAUACCAUUUAAACUGUUAGAUUCGAAUCUAAAUAAUAAACAUGUAUUCUCUGAAAUAUGCAAUGAUGAUGAAAAUUUUAUUAACACUACUGAGACUACUGCUACUACUACUCUACUACUACUGAUAAUGGUGUUAAUAUAAAUGUUUUACAUUCUGAAAUGUGUAAUUUAUUAAUGAAU